AUGCAGGCAUCUGCUCAGGCUUGCCAGAUGCCUGGAGCCAUACUCAGAUUUGAAACUGCCAGGAAUUUUCAGUCCAUACUUGGAUGACUCACAGUCAUCUCCUCUGUCGUGUCAUGGGUCAGCGUUUUGAAAUCGUGUUUGUGUAGUAUUCUGGAGCUUAUAAUGACGUCAGUGGCCAAAGACAAUGCAGCUAUCGACGACUCUGCUUUAUCUAGCGAGAGCAUUACUGUCCCCGUUGGCGUGGAGGGCAACAAAGGCACUGGUGCCAGUGGCAGUUUGGUUACCAAAGUUACCCUGCCUGGAGCAGCAGGCAAGGGUGCUAUCUGCAAAAAGACGUUCCCACAGCGGCAGCACCCGAAAGAUCAAAACCACGUGGACAGUCAUGAAUUUCCGCAUUCCUGUAAUGUGUGUCACAAGACAUUCACAAGGAGUAACUCUUUAAAGACACACUUCCGCCUGCACACUGGUGAGCGCCCGUACAGCUGUGACUUGUGUCACAAGAGAUUCAAGAGAAGCAGCAUUCUGAAGGAUCAUGUUCGUGUUCACACAGGUGACCGUCCCUGCACUUGUGAUGUGUGUGGCAAAUCUUUCAGUAAGGAUAGUGACCUGAGGAGACAUAUGACUGUGCACACUGGUGAACGACCAUACAGAUGUAGCAUUUGCAAGAAGACGUUUUCACAAAGUAGCACAUUGAAGCACCAUUCAUUGCUGCACACUGGCGAGCGCCCGUUCAGCUGUGACAUUUGCAAAAAGACAUUCACACAAAGUACUCACCUGAAGCAGCAUUCACUGCUGCAUGCUAACGAUAGUCCCCACAGCUGCGAUUUGUGCCACAAGCGAUUCACAACCAGUAGCAUCCUGAAGGAUCAUUUGCGGGUGCACACAGGCGAGCGUCCCUUCACUUGUAACGUAUGCAGCAAAUCAUUCAGGAAAGAUGGUGACCUGAGACGGCACAUGAGUGUGCACACUGGUGAGCGCCCAUACGUCUGUAGCGUUUGCAAUAAGACAUUUGCACAAAGUAGCACACUCAAGCAUCACUCAUUAUUGCACACAGGUGAGCGCCCAUACAGCUGCGACGUUUGUAACAAGACGUUCACUCAAAGUAGUACACUGAAUCAGCAUUUGGGGUUGCACACUGGUGAGCGGCCGUACAGCUGUAACAUUUGCAAAAAGUCUUUUACACUCCGUAGCACUCUGAAGCAACAUUUUCGGCUGCACACUGGCGAGCACCCAUACAGCUGUGGCAUUUGCAGCAAGACAUUCACACACAGAAGCUGCCUGAAGAGGCAUUCAGAGAAGCACAGUCAAUAAUGCCCAUAUAGCUGUAGUGUUUGCCAUAAGAGAUUCAAGGGCAUCAGUGUCCUGAAGGAGUAGUUACAUAUACAUACUGGCAACUAAUCCUUCAGAUGUGGCAUGUGUGGCAAGUUAUACAGGUGUCGGAGGGAUGAGGCACAACACCUGGCAUGAAUCGCUGAUUAACACCAGUAGACCUGUGGCAUUCAUGACAAGUUAUUGACACAAAAUGGUACACCUUCAAAUAACCAUGUAUCUGGGGUGUUCAUACAGGAAAAUCAGCUUAUUAGUUGUUGGUGAGUGUUCCACGUUGUAUGGCAGUGGUCCAUGAAACUUUUCAAAGCCUAACAUUUUGUCCAGUUGUAGCGAAUCUUGCCAACCAAAAGUAAGACUCAGUUUAAUCAGCAGCACAUCUGAAGGUGUCAAGUACCACUGUGGACGAAACAUUGGGAAUGAGAAAGUUUCAUGGACCGCUGCCACACAAUCAGGAAGAGUCAUCAGGAACUAAGCUAUCUAGUCAUUAGAGCUUUCAUUGUAAAAUCAUCAUAUUGCAGCAACUUGUUUCACAGGACAUUUGAGAGCAGCAGUCGCUUUAAAAUCUACAUAAAAUCACCCACAUGACUUUUUUGCUGUCAGACAUAAGUCUGACAAGAAAGAGGUCUUAGGGGAUAAUAUUUCAACACUGUCCUACUGUAAUCAUGAUUGAUGUGUCACUUGAAUGUAUGACAGGGACGUUUGAGGUGUUUCAGUAGAUUGCUGAAAUAAUAAAAAUAGCCCUGCAUUUUCGUCAAAUUUACUUAUUGCAGUCAUUUACAUAUGCUUGUCAAAUGCGUAUGAAAGCUUCUAAUUGAAUUCAGGCUUGGUGAAAUAAUCUCAUUCUUUUCUAUAUGGAAAGAGACAGUUCUAUAUGCUGCUAUUUCAGUAACUGGAUAAUUAAGGCCAUUAUGAUAUGUUAAGUUGGAGGCAGCAAUAUGUAUCCAAAUCUGUACUGUUAUGUGAACUCUGAAAUUUCAGAUUUAUUCAGUGUGUGUCAGUUUACAAUUUACUCUGACUUUCCCAACAUCCAGAUCAAGCUUAAAUCGCUCUGGUCAGAUAUUCUCUAGUGCUUGGUGAUAUUGACAAUACACAAUCUAUAAGUAAAAUAACAUGAGAUAUUUUCAAAUACUAUCUGGCAUUACGGUACUGAGUAUAUGCACGAAGAUAUAUCUGUCAGCAUUCCUACAAGUAGCCACAGAGUCCUUCCAGAAUCUGAUGACAACGAGCCACUUUCACUCAUCUAAUUGUGAACAAUUGUUGAUCUGGCCACUAGCAUAUGGUUCUAGUAGUGUGACCCAACACAAUGAUCUUCACAUUGUUAUCAAAUAAUUAUUGUUAGACAUAGAUGACAACUUUUCAGGCAGUUGCCCAGUCUGUUGUGCCAAGGUUAGUGAAAGACUGUAGUACUUUAGACUUCUACAUAGCAGAUACAUCAUUUUUAAUUGAUAGUAGCAGCGAAAUUUACAAGAAAAGUCAGUGACAACUGCCAGUGCGGUUUUCUUUCAGUCACAAAUGUUGUUUGAGGAUCAUUUCACUACAAUACUGAUAGCAUGUGGCAUUAGAUUUCAUAGACAACAACAAAAAGGCUGUUGCAUGUCAGGCAUUACAGAAUUUAUUAUCAAAGAAAAUCAAUAAUUCCUUUUACAAUAUUAUGACAAGGAAACUUGCAACUCACCAUAUAGUGGAGACACUGAGUUGAAGAUAGGCAUAACAAAACUUUUUGUUGUGCUUAUUGCGACUCAGCAUCUCAGCUAUAUGGUGAGUAGCAACUUUCCUUCUCAUAAUAUUGUUAAAUUACGU